AUGUAUCAGAAAGGUAAUUAUGUUAAUGAAGCCCUAGAAAAGUCAAUUACUGUUAAAAAACCAAUUAAAAUUCAUGAAGCUAUGAGAUACUCUCUUCUCGCUGGCGGGAAACGGGUUCGUCAUGUUCUUUGUAUUGUUGCAUGUGAAUUAGUUGGAGGGGAUGAAUUGACCGCGAUGCCAUCUGCUUGUGCUGUUGAAAUGAUUCAUAUUAUGUCGUUAAUUCAUGAUGAUCUUCCAUGUUUGAACCAUGGUGCUGCCGCUGCUGUUGAGGCAUUAUCACAAUUGACACACUUUGCUGGUAAUAUGGAUGCAGCUGAGAGAGCAAUGGCUGCUGGAGUGCAAGGCAGACAUUGGAAUCCUAAAAAUGAACUAGGAGUUGGAGGAGGAGGAAGAUGA